UCCUCCAGCUAGCUUGACGUUGCAUCAAGCAGCACCUAGCUUACUGGCUAACUGUGUAAAACCGACAGUAAUUGGCACUUUUACACGGGUUUUCUAACCGCUUUGGCGACAGCUCGGCUCGUUAGGAUGAGAUCUCCGAGGGAGGAAAUAUCUCCAGAGUCCACACGCUGUCGUGUCAGGAUUUAUUGAUCAUUAUAAGUUUCUAUUUUCGCCUCAACUGCCUGGAGGAAAUUCAACUGUCGAGCAUCACGGCGUCCUGAGAGGAACCUGCGUCGCGGCCCAAGCCAACGACCUCCUGGUUCGGUGGUAGGACAGCCGGAGGCGGGAUGGACCCUCUGGGCGCUCGCUCCCAGUUCGUGGACAUCCAGACCCUCCCCACCUGGCAGCAGCAGCUGGGAGACGAGGAGAAGACGCCGCUGGACCGGAGGGACAGCCUGCUCGGCCAGGAGGCCUUCCCCUCGCCCUUCCCCUUCAGAGCCGACAUCAACCGCAAGAUCAUCCUCUUCCGAGGUGACAUCGCGCUGCUGAACUGCACCGCCAUCGUGAACACCAGCAACGAGUCGCUGAGCGACAAGAACCCCGUCUCCGACAGCGUGCACCAGCAGGCCGGACCCGAGCUCCGGGACGAGCUGCUCAAACUCAAAGGGUGUCGGACCGGAGAGGCCAAGCUGACCAAAGGCUUCAACCUGGCGGCUCGGUUCAUCGUCCACACGGUGGGGCCCAAGUUCAAAUCCAAGUACCGCACGGCGGCGGAGAGCUCGCUGUACAGCUGCUACAGGAACACCAUGCAGCUGGCCGCAGAGCAGUCGAUGGCGUCUGUCGGCUUCUGUGUGGUGAGCACGACCAAAAGAGGAUACCCGCUGGAGGACGCCACGCACAUCGCCUUCAGAACGGUGCGCAGGUUCUUGGAGAAUCACGGGAACUGCCUGGAGGCCGUUGUGUUCGCCGUGUCGGACACGGAGGAGCCGGUGUACAGGAAGCUCCUCCCUCUGUACUACCCUCGCUCUGAGGAGGAGGAGAAGGCCUUCCUCCCUCUCCUCCCGGCCGACAUCGGCAACUCUGAGGGGGAGCCCGUCGUCCCGGAGAGACAGAUCCGCAUCGCAGAGAAACCCGGCACCCUGGAAGAGGAUUCUGAAGAGGAGAGUCUCCGGUCGGACCUCGGUCAGGUGGGCAACCACGCCUUUGCCCGGAUGGAGGGUGACGUGGACAAAGAGCGGAAACUGAUCCUGCAAGGCCAGAUGUCAGAGGCGGCCAUCUUGAAACAACACCAGAGGAACUACGGGCGCUGGUUGUGCCGCGCGAGGGCCGAGGAUCUGUCGGACGUCGCCGCGCUGAAGGCCCUGUAUCAAACCGGUGUGGACAUGUGUGGCAGGACAGUGAUGGUCCUGGUGGGACGGAACAUCCCGGUGACCGCCAUCGACGUUGAAAAGGCGCUGCUGUACUUCAUCCACGUCAUGGACCACAUCACGGCAAAGGAGUACGUGAUGGUCUACUUCCACACGCUGACCGGGGAGCGCAACCACCUGGACGCCGACUUCCUCAAGAACCUCCACGACAUCGUGGACGCCAAGUUUAAGAAGAACUUGAAGGCCUUCUACUUCGUGCAUCCAUCAUUUCGCUCGAAGGUGUCCACGUGGUUCUUCACCACCUUCAGCGUGUCGGGGAUGAAGGACAAGGUGCGCUACCUGGACAACCUGCAGCAGCUCUUCACCUGCAUCAAACCCGAGCAGAUCGACAUUCCUCCGUUUGUGCUGGAGUACGACGCCCGGGUAAGAUUCAUGCCGUCGUCCACUAGGAGAACGAUGCGGAGACCCUCUCAUCACGCUGUUUGAAACCAUUGAACAGGAAGCGACCAUAUUUGGACUGAUGAGGUCAAGAGGUACACGUCUCUGGUAGAGAGACAGUAAGCCCCGCCCUGAAUCCUAAUCUACUUUAUGGUCUGUUUGACAUGGACCGUAAUUCACUAAAUGAACAUCAUGCUGUAUUGAAGAAGACUUGAAACUAGAGACUGAGACCAUAAACUCAUGUUUACAAUGUUUACUGAGGGAAUAAAGCAAGAGAGAAGUAGGGUCAUUUCCUCAUAGAUGUCUAUGGGAGCAGAAGAGUCGCCCCCUGCUGGUCACUACACAGGAUGCAGCUUUAACACAUCAGCCUUGCAUCGCACAUCGGACCUUGCUUUUCUGAACUGGAGUUGGUCAAAAAUAUGAAUAUUAAUUUAUCAAUUUGCAUCUUUAGUAACAUUGUAAUUGUCCGCUUGGGUUUAUGGUCCUUUAAUGGAAAGGUGUGUGUGUGUGUGUGUGUGUUAUACAACACUAAUAAGCGGCGUGAGAGAAGAGCAGGUGAGCUCGAGUUACCUGUGAACUCGUGUUCCUCCUGGAACGUUGGGUUGAAAAGAUAAAAAAACAAGUGAAAGGCUUCCAUUCAAAGGGGGACAAAAACAGGACAAAACACCUUGUUCUGUCCGCUGAAUAUUUAGUUUCUUUGGUGUUGUUGCCACGGUGACCGAUUAAUAACUGUGAUUACUUCAACACCACUGUUGUCCCUGUCAGAAUAGGUGAGGUGUUUUAUUUAUAACAUAUUUAUAGCCACAGUUCACCUGCCACCGAUUAAUUAUCAACCUGUUGGAGAGUAAUUAUGUCACCGCUGUGACACUCUUGUCCCUGAUUGGCCCCGGAGGGGGGGCGGGCUCCUCCUCACAUGUCACUGUUACAGUGCUAAUGGAGGGUGGAACUCUUUUACAUCCAGUCAGCUGUUUUUUUAAUCUACAUUAAUGUGUCAUAUUCCAUGAAAUCCUGCAUUUGUUAUUAGUUAAAACAAAAGGUUUAUUUUACAGGAUGAAUACAUGUGGCCUCUUUCACACACGAUGCGUUCAAAGACUCUCCCU